AUGAAGGUGAAAGAGUCAUAUAGUAAACAUCACAGAACCCACACAAGAGUGAAACCGUAUACGUGCAUACAAUGUGGGAAGAGCUUCAGUUCGAGUAGAUACCUGUGUUUACAUGAAAGAACACACACAGAGAUGAAAGCAUAUCAAUGCUUGGAAUGUGGGGGGAGAUUUAGUCAGUGUGGGCAACUACGUUCACAUCAAAUAAUCCACACUGGAGAGAAACCACAUCUGUGUAUGGUAUGUGGAAAGAGCUUCAGUCGGAGCAGUAGCCUUCGUUCACAUCAAACAACACACACAGGGGACAAACCAUAUACAUGCCCUGAAUGUGGAAAGAGCUUCAGUUCGAGGUGGUACCUACCAUCACAUCAAAGGACCCACACAGGAGAGAAACCAUAUACGUGCCUUGAAUGUGGAAAGAGCUUCAGUCAGAGGGGGUGCCUACAAUUACAUCAAAGGACCCAUACAGGGGAGAAACCAUACAAGUGCACGGAAUGUGGGAAGAACUUCAGUGACAGUGGAUAUCUACAGCGACAUCAAAGGAUUCAUACAGGGGAGAAACCAUAUAUGUGCAUGGAAUGUGGGAAGAGCUUCCAGCAGAGUGAACAUCUACAGCGACAUCAAAGAAUCCACACAGGGGAGAAACCAUAUAUGUGCAUGGAAUGUGGAAAGAGCUUCAAUCACAACGGAAAUCUGCGUUGCCAUCAAAGGACCCACAGGGAGAGAAACCACAUCAGUGCAUUGAAUGUGGAAAGAGUUUCCGUCACAGGAGUAGCCUUCAGCCACAUCAAAGAAAUCACACAGGAACACGAAAUGCAUGGAAUAUAGAAAGACCUUCAUUUGCCUCGCAGAAGACAACACUCACAGAAUGCAAAGUAUACAAUGACUGGACUUCAUUUCUGUAAGGA